AUGUACCGUGCAGCAUCACCGCCUAUUCUAUCAGCCGACAGCCAGGGCCCGGCAGAUGGGCACGAAGAUCUUGACGUUGCAUCUUGGGGAGAGGGGUUCGGGCCGGGUUCGCCCUGUGGAGAAGAAGGAUCGAGGUAUACCGGUAUGCUGUACGAGAGCUCUAGAGACGGCCCAGAAGUCCUAAACAGCAUUAUCAAGAAUCAAAAUCCGAUACAAGCUAGUAGUCACAUACCUCCACCGCGACGGAAUCCUCAUCCUCGAAACCGCAGUCUCCCAAAUCCUGUCUGUCAUUACGCGAACGGCAAUACGGCUCUCGAAUCGAAUGCGAGGCAGCCGGUGCAUUCUGAUAUACAUCUCCCACAUCCCUUAUAUCCUUUUGCGUAUGCGGUUAAUGUUCCGCUUGGUGAGAUGUCGGGGGAGAAUGGGAGUACUACCUCCAUUCAGGCGCUCCGUGCACGUGACCGGCCUGCCGGCUUCGUAAGCGAAGCGCCUGAGGACAAACCUGCGGGGAGAACCCUGCACCUCCGAGAGAGGAACCACACCGCUAUUUUGGUGGUUUUUUAA